CGUGUUAGGUUGUUAGAAAGUUAAUGGCUGGGGGAAAGAGAACCUCCUCAACCGUAGCUUCGGGAGAGUUUCUGGAUUCCCCUAAGUAAAACAGCGCAAAUAGCCUAAGGGAAAGAGUCCGGACGGCAGCUUAAGUCGACAACUAGCUCGUUCACCCAAGAAUCGUGAAAAUAAGUAUGCAGGAUGCAGUAGCCGGGACGGCAAUGCUGACGGACGGCUUCGAGGACGAGAUUGACUCGGUGACUCCUCGCUCCCCAGUGGCAGGGAUGGGGGUAGGAGCGACACCAGGAGGAGUUGGGCUAGGGGGCAUUGGGAUUGGUGUAGGUGGAAAGAAAGUACGUUUGUACGGAGAACCCGGCGGGCCUUCCGCAGAAAGACUGGACUUCAAACUAGCGGCCGCGGCCGUCCUCUCGUCGGGUCCGGGAUCCGGCAGCGACGAAGACGAGGUUUCAGAGGUGGAGUCCUUCAUUUUGGACCAGGAAGAUCUGGAUAACCCCAUCAUGAAGACAGCAUCAGAGUUACUUUUGUCUAGUGCAACAGACGGAGUCGAUUUGAGGACUGUUGAUCCUGAGACACAGGCCCGACUUGAAGCGCUACUAGAAGCUGCAGGCAUUGGUAAACUUUCCACUGCCGAUGGUAAAGCUUUUGCAGACCCUGAGGUGCUGCGACGACUGACGUCAUCUGUGAGUUGUGCCCUGGAUGAGGCUGCAGCUGCGCUGACACGUAUGAGGGCCGAAAACACACUCAACGCUGGCCAAGCUGACAAUCUGGUUAUUUUCAGUCGUAGUUUAGCGGAGGCGUGCUCGGAUGGUGAUGUCAAUGCUGUGCGCAAACUGCUGGAUGAGGGGCGAAGUGUCAACGAACACACAGAGGAAGGGGAAAGCCUGCUAUGUCUAGCGUGCUCGGCUGGCUAUUAUGAACUUGCACAGGUCUUGUUGGCCAUGCAUGCUAAUGUGGAGGACCGGGGCAUAAAAGGGGAUAUAACGCCACUCAUGGCCGCAGCUAGUGGAGGCUAUGUGGACAUUGUCAAGCUGCUUCUGGUACACGGAGCAGAUGUAAAUGCACAGUCCUCCACAGGAAACACAGCUCUGACGUACGCAUGUGCUGGCGGCUUUGUGGAUGUGGUGAAGGUGCUACUCAAAGAGGGUGCUAACAUCGAGGACCACAAUGAAAACGGACACACACCUUUAAUGGAGGCAGCCAGUGCUGGCCACGUCGAGGUGGCUAGGGUACUCCUAGAGUAUGGUGCUGGCAUUAACACGCACUCAAAUGAGUUCAAAGAGAGUGCUCUCACACUAGCCUGCUACAAAGGUCACUUGGAUAUGGUGCGUUUUCUGUUGGAGGCUGGAGCAGACCAGGAACAUAAGACUGAUGAGAUGCACACAGCACUGAUGGAGGCCUGCAUGUCCCAGGAUGGCCAUGUGGAGGUGGCACGGCUGCUGUUGGACAGCGGUGCGCAGGUCAACAUGCCAGCGGAUUCUUUUGAGUCGCCUCUUACCCUCGCAGCUUGCGGAGGACACGUGGAGCUGGCAGCCUUGCUCAUAGAGAGGGGAGCAAACUUGGAAGAGGUUAAUGAUGAGGGCUACACUCCCUUAAUGGAAGCAGCAAGAGAAGGCCAUGAAGAGAUGGUUGCACUUCUGCUUGCACAAGGUGCCAACAUCAAUGCCCAGACAGAAGAGACACAGGAGACGGCGCUUACUCUAGCAUGUUGCGGAGGCUUCUUGGAAGUGGCCGACUUCCUUAUCAAAGCAGGGGCUGACAUUGAGUUGGGCUGUUCCACUCCCCUCAUGGAAGCGGCACAAGAAGGCCAUCUGGAAUUGGUCAAAUAUCUACUGGCGGCAGGGGCUAACGUUCAUGCCACCACAGCAACUGGUGAUACAGCGCUGACAUACGCGUGUGAAAAUGGUCACACGGAUGUUGCAGAUGUGCUGCUGCAGGCUGGAGCCAAUUUGGAACAUGAGUCUGAAGGGGGGCGGACUCCCUUAAUGAAGGCAGCAAGAGCGGGGCAUCUCUGCACAGUACAGUUCCUUAUCAGCAAAGGUGCUAAUGUGAACAGAGCUACUGCCAAUAAUGAUCACACAGUGGUGUCUUUGGCCUGUGCUGGAGGACAUCUGGCUGUUGUGGAGUUGCUGCUGGCACAUGGGGCGGACCCUACACACAGACUCAAAGAUGGCUCGACCAUGUUGAUUGAAGCUGCUAAGGGUGGCCACACCAAUGUUGUGUCCUACCUGUUGGACUAUCCUAACAACAUCCUUUCUGUCCCAGCCCCUGAUCUCUCCCAGCUCACUCCCCCCUCGCAAGAUGCUUCUCAGGUUCCGCGUGUCCCAUUCCAAGCUCUCGCUAUGGUGGUUCCCCCUCAGGAGCCUGAUCGAGCUCCAUCAAACAUUGCAACACACCCCCCUGUCUCGAGCAAAGGUUCGUCAAAGCAGAGACAGGCAGCACUUCAGCCCAGCGUCCCCAACUCAGUUGGCCGGGGGCCUGAAGCAGAGUCUCUGCCACCCUUCCACCUGUGCCAACCUCUUGAGUGCAUUGUGGAGGAGACUGAGGGAAAGUUGAACGAGCUAGGUCAGCGGAUUAGCGCUAUUGAAAAAGCCCAGCUUCAGUCGCUAGAACUCAUCCAAGGGGAGCCACUCACCAAAGAUAAAAUCGAGGAGCUGAAGAAGAGUCGAGAGGAGCAGGUUCAGAAGAAAAAGAAAAUCUUGAAGGAGCUGCAGAAGGUGGAACGCCAGUUGCAGCUAAAAACACAACAACAGUUCACCAAAGAAUACAUGGAGGCCAAGGGCUUAAAGGAGGAGCAGGAGGCUGGACAGAGCCAAGGCCCAGGCCCAGGGCCUGGAAGUACCUCGUCUCUUCCUGGGUCCCUUCCUCUCAUGCCAGCUGACCUUGUACGCUCCAGCUCCGACACAGAUGAAGAGGCAAACAAAGAUGGGGAGCAAGAUGAGCUGCCUGGAGAGGAUGAGGAAGAGGAUGAGGAAGAUGAUGAGGAAGAUGAUGAUGAUGAUGAUGAUGACGAUGAGGAGGAAGAGGAGGAAGAGGAAGAAGUUUCAGAAGAUGAGGCAGAUGGAGAAGAGGACGAUUACACCAAGCUUCCUCAAGUGGACACAAUCCUCUACAGAGAUGGGCCACAGCCCCCACAACAGCCUCCACUGCCCCUCUCACCACAGCCACCGCCCCCACCUCUCCAUGCGGCCUUUGUUCCUGUCCAGCCUCUGCCGGACUACAACCCAGCAGAUUACCCAGGAAGUACCAGUCCCGACCUCCAAAGGGUGCUGGUAGGACAGCAGAUGCUGGGCCAACAGCAGCAGGGUCAAGGUCAACAGUUGUCUGGGUUAGGUCCUGCAAUAAUACCUCAGCAGGCCCCAGAUGGACUCAUGGUUGCUACACCUGCACAGACGCUCACAGAUACGCUGGAUGACAUCAUGGCAGCAGUGAGCAGCCGUGUGCCCAUGCUGAACACAACCACUUCACCCACUCCCUUGUCCCAACCACCCACACAGACGACUGCCAACAUCUCCUCGCCACCAUCUGUGCUACCCCUCUACCCCUCUGUUGACAUUGAUGCACAUACGGAGAGUAACCAUGACACCGCACUGACGUUGGCCUGUGCUGGAGGACACGAGGAGCUCGUGUCUGUCCUAAUUGCACGGGGAGCCAACAUUGAGCACCGUGACAAAAAAGGUUUUACCCCUCUCAUCCUGGCUGCCACUGCUGGCCAUGUUGGAGUUGUGGAAGUGCUCCUCGACAAAGGGGGUGACAUUGAGGCCCAGUCUGAGAGAACCAAAGACACACCUCUCUCCUUGGCCUGCUCAGGGGGACGACAAGAGGUUGUUGAGUUGCUGCUGCUACGGGGAGCCAAUAAGGAACACCGCAAUGUUUCCGACUACACACCUUUGAGCCUUGCAGCCUCUGGGGGUUAUGUCAACAUCAUCAAGAUACUCCUCAAUGCUGGAGCUGAAAUCAACUCCAGGACUGGCAGCAAACUAGGAAUCUCUCCUCUGAUGCUGGCAGCAAUGAAUGGUCACGUACCCGCAGUGAAGUUGUUGCUGGAUAUGGGCUCAGACAUCAAUGCCCAAAUUGAGACCAACAGAAACACAGCUCUGACCCUAGCCUGUUUCCAAGGACGGGCUGAGGUUGUUAGUCUGCUGCUCGAUCGGAAGGCCAAUGUUGAACACCGUGCUAAGACUGGGCUCACUCCUCUGAUGGAAGCAGCCUCAGGAGGCUAUGCCGAGGUGGGCCGUGUGCUGCUGGAUAAAGGCGCUGAUGUAAAUGCUCCACCUGUUCCCUCAUCCAGGGACACUGCGCUUACCAUCGCUGCUGACAAGGGUCACUACAAGUUCUGUGAGCUGCUUAUCAAUAGGGGUGCCCAUAUUGAUGUACGUAACAAGAAAGGAAAUACGCCUCUUUGGCUGGCAGCAAAUGGCGGCCAUUUUGACGUGGUCCAGCUCUUGGUGCAUGCAAGUGCUGAUGUGGAUGCAGCUGACAACCGCAAAAUUACCCCGCUCAUGGCUGCUUAUCGCAAGGGUCAUGUAAAAGUGGUGCAAUACCUUGUCAAGGAAGUCAACCAAUUCCCAUCAGAUAUUGAAUGCAUGAGAUACAUAGCCACCAUUGCUGACAAGGAGCUUUUGAAGAAGUGCCACCAGUGCAUGGAGACUAUCGUCAAAGCCAAAGACCAACAGGCAGCGGAGGCCAACAAAAACGCAAGCAUUCUCCUCAAGGAACUAGAUCUGGAGAAGUCACGUGAGGAAAGCAAAAAGCAGGCUCUGGCUGCCAAGCGAGAAAAGCGCAAGGAAAAGCGCAAGAAGAAGAAGGAGGAGCAGAAGAGGAAGCUCGAGGAAGAGGAGGGGCAGAAAAUUAAGGAGGAUUCAUUGGAUAUGCAGGAGCUGAAGGAAGAGUCUGCUGAAGAAUCGGAGGUUCCUAUUGAGCCUCCCAGUGCAACCACCACCACCACCAUUGGGAUAUCUGCCACCUCAGCCACUUUCACUACAGCUUUUGGUAAGAAGAGAGCAAGUGUUGCCACAACCCCGAGUACCAACCGCAAGAACAAAAAGAACAAGACAAAGGACUUGCCAAAUGAACCUAUAAUAUUACAGGAUCCGCAGGUUGCCCUUGCACAGCACAAGGCUGACAAGAACAAAAUCCACGGUGAGCCCAGAGGUGGAGGUGGGGGUGUGACAGGUGGCAACAGCGACUCUGACCCUCUGGACAGUACCGACUGUGCCAGCGAAAGUAGCAGCAGUGGUGGAAAGAGUCAGGAGCUCAACUACCUUCCUGACCUCACCUCGUCCGCUUCCUCGUCGUCAUCUUCCUCGUCAUCCUCCUCUGCCCCGUCCUCAGGGGCCACCCAAGCCCAGACUCUUUUGGUUUGCCCAGAAAAAAGACACUGUCCUCAGCCUCAAAACGAAGGCAAGAUGGACAAGGUCACAGUCUCCAUCUCAAAACCAACACAAAAAGCUCCAGACAUGAAUGAAUCCACCUCAAACUCUUUGCCCUCCCCAUUCAAGACCAUGGCUCUUCCAGUUACUUCGCCCAACAGUAAGCUUAGCCUUACAAGCCCCAAGAGGGGCCAGAAGAGGGAAGAAGGUUGGAAGGAAGUUGUUAGGAGAUCUAAAAAGCUUUCUGUGCCAGCCUCAGUUGUGUCACGUAUCAUGGGCCGCGGGGGCUGCAACAUCACAGCCAUUCAAGAUGUGACAGGAGCCCACAUUGAUGUAGACAAACAGAAGGACAAGAACGGUGAAAGGAUGAUCACCAUAAGAGGAGGCACGGAGUCUACACGAUAUGCAGUCCAGUUAAUCAAUGCGCUAAUUCAAGACCCAGCCAAAGAGCUUGAGGAUCUGAUCCCUCGCAAUCACAUUAGAGUACCAGGCUCCAAAGCAUCCUCAGCUUCCUUUGGCAGCAGCACAGGGGGGGGCAGUGGUUCAAAUUCGGGACCAAAGUCCCUCAGCUCACUGGUUGCCUCCACAGGCGUGUCAUUCCAGCCCUCUUCAUCCUCUUCAUCGUCCUCUUCUCAGGCUGGAGGAAAGAUGGGGAAAGGGCUGUCGUCAAAUGUCAGACAGCCUUUUCCAGUAUCGCUGCCCCUUGCCUACGCGCACCCUCAGCUGGCCCUACUGGCCGCUCAGACCAUGCACCAGAUCAGACACCCUCGGCUGCCCAUGGCACAGUUUGGUGGCACUUUCUCGCCUGCCGCCACCACCUGGGGCCCCUUCCCUGUGCGACCAGUGAGUCCCGGCAGCACUAACAGCUCUCCCAAACAUAAUGGAGGUAAUGCAGCCGGGCCGGCCAGACCUAGCUCUACUCCCAGUGAGCACAGCAACACUGCCAGCUCUGCAGUCUGCACCAACACCGCCACCACGAGUGCUUCCGGCUCAUCCGCAGUGUCGUCCUCUCCUCACACCCCCAAUGCCACGCCAUACAAUCCUCAGCCAAGCAUCCCCACCCCCUCCUCAGUCAGAAAACAACUCUUCGCGCCCGAUCCCAAAUCUGCCGUCGUCACCUCUGUGUCUGUCGCCGCUACUGCUCCCAGCAGCAGCAAUGCAGUACGAGGCACAGGGUCUCCCGCACACCACAAUUCCUCUACGGCUCCAGUUAAUACUUCUCAGCAGCAGGUCGGAUGCAUCUCGCAGGCCCACAUCCAGCAAGUUAAAACAGAGCCCAGUGCUGUUAUGACGCCUGGAAAAGAGAAACCCCCUCAACAUGCUGAGAAUCAGCCUGUUUCUGUCAGCGACCGCAUCGCUUCGGCAGGCUUCACCGCGGCUACUAUUGCUUUGCCUCCCAAACCAGAACCUCGGCAGCAGUUGCCUCCCCCAUCCUCCUCUAUUUCAUCAACGCCUCCCCCAGCGCUCCUUAACACCCAGCCCAACUCCCACCUCACCUCAGUACCUCCUCCUGUCCUCUCACACAACGUUGCACACCCUAACAACACGUUGCCACACUUCUCAGCCCCCGCGCCCAGAGUCUCCCAUCGUAUGCAGCCAUCGGGGCCUUACUAUUCCCUUCCUGAGCAACAACAGAUGCAGACACAACAACAGUCACAGUCUGUGUUCGUGCCCUUCAAUCCUCAGCAAGAACCUGUUAAACAGACCCAAAACCAGGCAUCCCAGUCUACAAGUUUGCCUCUGCAGGCUCAAAGCCAGGCCCAAGGCUCCCUUCAUGUCUCUGCCAAUCUUGGCCUGAUGAAUGGUUCCCAGAUUCAGCAUGUGGCCAACGCAGGCAAGCAAAUGCCACCCAACUUCGGUCCUGCGGGCCUCUUCAAUUUCAGCAGCAUCUUUGAUAAUAAUAACCAGGUGGGAAACAAUCAGGUGUGGGGUGCCUGCCAUCUUCCUGCUCGUUCGCCUCCAGAGCCGUCGUACUCUGCCCCACCGGCCUAUGUGAAUGUGGGCCAGAUGGAGAGUAUGAUCCCUCCGCCUCCUCCAGAUAACUCCAAGGCUCCCGGUUACCGCUCUGCCUCUCAGAGGAUGGUCAACAGCCCCAUCGCAUUGACCAGCUAUGCCACCAGUAUCUCUGGGAGCCCCGUGUAUCUGCAUGGUCACACCGGGGUCGGCACGCCCUCAUUCAGCAGGCAGCACUUUUCCCCUCACCCCUGGAGUGCAUCCACAUCCGGUAGGAGCCACAAAACGGCUUUAUGCGAGUCUCCAGUUCCUCCUCCAUCGACAGCAUCAACCUCCACCCUCACCACCUCGGCUGUGGCCCCUCCAUCCCAGCCCAAGCAAGGCGCCUCCUCUCAGCAAGACCGGAAGGUUCCGCCACCCAUCGGCACGGAAAGACUGGCAAGGAUCCGACAGACUGGCUCAGUGAACCCCCCUCUCCUCACCACCAGCUACACGGCAUCUGUGGGACAGGGCGGCAUUUGGUCAUUUGGUGUUGGAAGUGCUUCAGAGGGAAUGUCUGGUUGGUCCCAGCCUCUGAUGAGUAGCCACAUGAUGCAUCCUCAGCUGCAGGCGGACCAGUCAGCCUUCUCUCAGCACCAGCCCAUGGAGCAGGAUGACACGGGCAUCGCUAACCCCGCUAAUAACUUCCACCAGCCUCAGCACAUGCCCAGCACAUACAUGGACUUCCCAAAGGGAAUGCCCAUGUCAAUGUAUGGCGGAACCAUGCUGCCCCCUCAUCCACCAAUGGCAGAGGGGCCCGGGGGACCCAUGUACAAUGGUUUGCAUGCCAGCGACCCCGCGUGGAGCCCCAUCAUCAAAGUGGUCCCAAACAACGCAGACAACACUGACCCACAACAGCAGAUGUGGCCUGGUACCUGGGCGCCACACGUUGGCAACGUGCACCUGAAUCAUGUCAACUAGAUGGCAUCGUUCACAAUCAAGAAAAAACAAAAAAACAAAAGAAAAACGGCUUACCAACGGAUGAUUCUGACCAAUUAUGAUGAACAAACAAAAUUACAACAUAUUAACAACACAAAUAAAGAACAGAGUGCAGAGCAAAGGUUGAAGAACUGGAAGUUCUCCCGAGCCCAUUCUUGACGUGCCUAUUUGAGAUGAGGAAGGAGAUCAAUUGUGUCGUGGUGAUUCAAACAAAAUGUUCGAUCGCCUGUUCAACAGGAACCGUUCUCUGCAUAGUUUAGCGAUUUUUGACUUAAACCCGCAUACACCGUUCUUUGGCUGCAAGGGGCUGAACAUGAAGUAGCUAUUUAAACACGGCCCAAACCUAGAUGAUGAUUACCUAAAGAGAAAUCAGAACCUUUUAGAGUGGUAAAUAACAUGUAUAAUUGUUUACAUACUAAAAAGGGUUAAAAUGAGAGUAAAUUUCAUGUCGUAUAGUGGCUCUACUUUAUGUAGCCUGUAUUAAUGUGAAAUAUUUACCUUAAUAUUCAAUAAAAAGAUUAAAAAGUA